GAAUCACAACACAUUUUAUUCAUCUGAAAUAGGGGUUCCUAUCUUUUAUACGUGAGCUAAUAUCAUGAACGAAUUGUUUUGUACUGAUUCUUUGCAAUAUCUCCCCACAUACGCCGAGCUUGCAGAUCUUCGAUCGACUUUUAUCGCCAACUGUGUCCUCAACAUUUGUCUAACUUACACCUUCAUCAUGUUGAAUAUUGUGACAAUCUAUGCUAUUCGCAAAACCUCGACGAUGGCAAAAACUUUAAAAACUCUGCUGCUGAGUCUUGCCUGCUCUGAUGUCGCGGUUGGUUUGUUUACUCAACCAUUAUACAGUUUCCAUUUGAUCAAGUGGCUACAACUGGAUAAUCCUAGCUGUAACACUCGGCAAAUGUGGAUUAUUUCAAAUCUCUUAUUCUUAGCUGCCUCGAUCCUUGGUGUUGUGGCUGUAAGUGUAGACAGGUUCUUAGCUGUUCAUCUUCAUCUAAGAUACCAAGAGCUUGUGACUCACAAGCGUGUUGUUAUUGUGGUGAUCGGCAUGUGGGUGUAUAGUGCAUUUGGUUCUUUGACGAUAUUGUGGGUGCCAUUCAGUAGUCAAUAUCUCAUUAGUUUAGUUUUUAUGUCUUUCAUCUUCAUUCUGACAUUUGUGGUCUACAUCAGGAUAUAUUUAACUGUCCGACGACACAGGAAUCUGAUUCAGUCCAUGCAAAUACGAGACGAAGCUCGGUCCGAUGAAAUGAAAAACUUUGCUGUUCUCAUUAAAUCAACAGUUGGAAUAUUCUUCGUAUUUGUUGUGUUUUUAAUUUGUUAUUUGCCUGGUUUCGUUUGCACGGCUGCUAUUGGAAUCUAUGGCUCGAAAUCCGCUUUAAAAAAACUCAAUCUUUUCUCAUUGACUCUCGUAUAUCUAAAUUCCUCUUUGAACCCUGUCAUUUACUGCUGGAAGAUGAGACGAAUUCGACACGCUAUCAUGGGCAUACUGUGGAAGGUGUAUCGGAGAAGAAACCUGUCAUCUCGAGUAAUUUACAAUCGGCGAUGGAGCGUCGUCUAGGUUCAUAACUGAUCCACUCUGUGUGGCCUACAAGGCGGACUAUGCGCAGUUUACAAAUUUACGAUAAAGUAAAUAGGGACAAAGAAGACUAAACAUAAACCUAAUGAUAUGACCCGUCAACCAAAUAAUUGCGCAGCUCCGAAUUUAACUACACAACAUAUCAAAUUGUCGCAACUGGAGAGGAAAAAGUCACUUUGAAAAGGGGGAGCUGGUUUUGUUAUGGAUGGACCGUGAGAUUGUUAUUACGAAUGGCAAUGAAAGAAGGAUAGCAGACAUGAUAUUAUUCAUAUCAAAGUUUUCGUAGCUCCAAAUUCAAAAUCACGAUUGAAAAAGACGGGAGUGGAUGCGGACGUGAGCUUCGUGCUUUAAUUAAUUGAAAAGUUUGUCGGUGACUACGAAAUGUUUCGCUAACUCUCUGUAAACUAGCACUGCUAACUGAAUGAUGCACCAGCUUGGAAUAAAAUAGAAGGAAACUUGUGCCAUCCAUUCUUCUGCCUCAAAGGUAGAAUUCCCAAAUUACGCCAUAUUUUCGUGUAGGUCAGGAUGUAUUUAACUGUCCGACGACACA